UCGUCGAUUUGGAUCCACAUUGGUCUAAAGACGUCGCUCUCGUGUGUAACUGUGGUACAGCGGUAAUAUGUCAUCACCGUUGGCGCGUAGAGUAGGCUGUAGCAAAGCACUUUUGGGGUGACGUUUCACCGGAGUGUGCGGCACGUGUUGGUUAACUCUGGCCUCGCCCCCUUGCAGACAAACUGUACUGUUAACUAAUUAAUCGUUUAUAGUAACAACGUGCCAAGUAAACACGUCAAAGGCGGUGCACGUGUCGUUGUGUUGAAGUUGAAGUUGAGUGUGUCGUGAUGUGGAGAGCCUUCGUUGUUGGUUUCGUGGCCGUGCUUAUGGCUUCUCAAUGUGAAGCUGCCGUCAAGAUGCCGCAGGACGUGACGUGGAGCUCGGCGAAACACAGAGCCGACGAACCGACGAUUUCUUCCAACAAGGGAGAGGCGGGUGGGGGAGUGCAAGGGACGAACCAACAGAAGCAUACGACAAGUCCUGAAGCCGAGUCGGCCAAUUCCCUCUGGUAUUCUAAUCAGUCACCGCCAAAAGGAGAACCUGUCGGGGAUCUUACAACCAGUCAAGGAGCGUCUAAGCUUCCUCGAGAGCGCUCCAGUUCAAAAGUUCUCUCUACUGACACCCAGUGCGCGCUGCUGAAUGACCGCGUACUAAUCACGCACGCCGGCUGCAAAACGAAGUAUGUUCGAACAACGAAGUGCUAUGGCAUGUGUGCUUCAUACGUCGUUCCAGUUGCGCCACAAAGUCGUAAGACCAAAGGCCAUUUGUUUGACCACAAAUGCGAGUGCUGUCAGUCAACAGGAAGUAGAAGUACAGAAGUGCGUCUGCUAUGUUCUGGUCUAAAACAGGCAAGGAAGAAGGUAACCAUCACAAGACCAACAGGAUGCAAGUGCAGCACAUGUGGGUAAUGAACAUCGAGCAAACACGUUACCAGCAGCACAGUUUAGACUAAUGAAUAGGUAACAGUAGUAACAAGAAGUGACAGCACCUGUUUUCAUUCUAGGAUACUUGCCAUAUUGUUAGAAGCACAGGUCUCAACUUAUUAGAAACUUAUUAGAUGAUAUAUAGAGUUCUGGCAUAUCAGUAGACUGUUUGCUUCUGUUAGAAAAUUUGAAAGAAAUCAGAUAUUAGAAAUCAGAAAUCAGAAAUCGAACUUGCUCAUAAAUGUACAACUUGAUCUCGUGAUGUCAUAUUGUGUCUGUAUAGCUAAUGAUGCGCUGUAAAUAGUUUUUUGGGUAACAGGAAGCAUGCCAGAACUGCUACUAUAAGGAUCCUAGAGAAGAAUUUAUUGACUUCCUAUCUUUGUAUAGUCAACAGGUGCG